AUGUCAGACUACCUUUGGUUUGAAGGGAUACCUUUCCCUAAUUUACAGUAUGAAAAAGAAAGACUUGAAGAAAUUCGUGAUAAGUUUGUGAUCAGAGAUGAAGACACAAUCAUACUGACUUACCCUAAAUCAGGAACUAACUGGCUGACUGAGAUUGUCUGCUUGAUUCAGACAAAGGGGGAUCCCAAUUGGAUCCAAUCUGUGCCUAUCUGGGACCGCGUACCCAGCAUUGAGACUCAAAAAGGAUAUCCACUAUUAAUCAAUAAGGAAGGACCACGCCUCAUCAGCUCCCACCUUCCCUUCCAUCUUUUUCCUAAUUCUUUUUUCAGUUCAAAGGCCAAGGUGAUCUAUGUCAUCAGAAAUCCCAGAGAUGUUCUUGUGUCUGGUUAUUUUUUCCUGAGUAAGACAAAAUAUGUUAAGUAUCCAGAGUCACUGACAACUUAUUUUGAAUGGUUCCUCAAAGGAAAUGUGGUAUAUGGAUCAUGGUUUGAGCACACCUGUGCAUGGAUAUCCAUGAGAGAAAGGGACAACUUCCUGAUACUGAGCUAUGAAGACAUAAAAAAGGACACAAAGAGCACCAUAAAGAAGAUUUGUGACUUCCUAGGAAAAAAAUUAGAGCCAGAUGAGUUGGAUAUGAUCCUCAAGUACAGUUCCUUUAAGGCCAUGAAAGAAAAUAAAAUGUCCAAUUUCAGUCUCAUCAAAGAAUAUAUAGCUCCUAAUGGUUUGGUUCUCUUGAGAAAAGGCAUGACUGGGGACUGGAAGAAUCACUUUACAGUAGCCCAAGCUGAAGCCUUUGAUAAAGUAUUCCAGGAGAAAAUGGCUGGUUUUCCUCCAGGGCUGUUUCCAUGGGAAUAA